UCGUUUACCACUUUUUUAAAUAAAUCACUUCUUUAUAAGCGUUUCAUACAAAUUGUUGUUUCCAUAAAAAACAAAUCAAUUUUAGCAAAAAAAUUCUUUUUGGAUUUGAUCAAUACUGUAAGAAACAGGCAAUUAGUUUAUAUAAUUUAUAAAUUAUAAGUUAUAAUAAUUGACAAUAUGGUGAAGGCGUGGUAUAUCGACGGCGAAGAGUUGGUCACCGACGAGAAGGUGAAGCGGAGUGAAAGACAUCUCAAUCCUCCGCAAUAUAUCAGUUUAGAUGAGUUGAGACACAGGACUGGCGUUCAAUGCGAGCGGGUAAAUGUUGAUAAAUACGAUACCGACGAUAGUUUGCAAGAGAUUUGCCGCGAAAAGGGUUACCAAUACUCGGAUAUAUUGGACAUUCACCCGCAGCGACUUGAAAACUACCAUGAUAAAUUGGCUGCAUUUUACACGGAGCACAUGCACCCGGACGACGAGGUACGGCUGGUGUUGAAGGGAUCGGCCUAUUUUGAUGUCCGCGAUGUGGACAACAAUUGGAUCAGGAUUGGUGUGGAGAGGGGCGAUAUGUUGAUCUUGGUCGGUGGCACUUAUCAUCGCUUUACCCUCGAUUGCGACGGCUAUGGCAAGUUGUUCCGGCUGUUUGGCUCAAAAGCCGAUUGGUCGUCGUUCAACCGCCCGGCCGACUCACACCCGGCCCGCAUAGCCUAUGUUGAAAAGGCUGUGAUGGGCUUUUAGUACUGGGUUCACAUUGUGUUUACUAAAUGAUUAUGAUAAUAGAAUUUGUGCUAUAAAUGCAAUAG